GUGAGCACGUUUGUAUCUGCGAUGGGAUUCUUGUCUUGGUGUUGGUGUUGAGUGCGCGCGCAUGUCUGUGUAUUCGUUGCUAUAGUAACAGGGCUUCGACGCAAGCAGGUCUGUUCUGCGUUGUAGAAAAGAAGUUCUAUCUUCUGCUAUCUUAUUAGGCACCUCUGUUACCGUGUAUCAUUAAACAGCGGUUAUGGAUACUCUGCUUCUGCACGGAGAGGCUGAAGCUUAUAUUCAAGGUUUGGAGAGACUAGAACUGCGAGACAUUGGGAGUCACAGGUGGUUUCAGCAGCAUGAAUACAUUGAGAAACUCAAUAUGCAAGGUAUUCUUCAUGCCAGUGCUAAUCAAGAGGAGUAUAUCAAAGAUCUUUUUGUGUCACUUGGAAAGAUUCCUACACUGGUUCAUGAAAUGAUACUUGUUGAAGUUUGGAAGGAGAACGUGUUUCCUAUCAUCUGCAAGCUUCAGGACUUUAGCCCUAAGAGCACUUUUCCAUUGUAUAUUGUGAUUUACCAUGAAGCUACAGUCCUAAAUCUGUUGGAGACGAUCUUAUAUCAUCAAGAAACAUGUGAGGCAGCAGAGGAUGCUGUUGUGGACCUUGUUGAUUAUUGCCAUCGUAAAUUGACUCUGCUGGCAGGGCGCUGUGCAAGGGGAGAAAUCCACAAGGAGAAGGGAACCGCAAUCGCAGAAAUGUCAAACAUGAACAGUAUACAGGAUCUGCAAAAUCAAAUGGCAUGUUUAGAAUUUGAGCUCUCUCUCAAGGCUCUGUCUGUGCUACGCUACAUUACGGAUCAUGAAGAGAGUUUGAGUGUUAUCACAAGGAUGGUGAAUACUUAUAACCUGCCCUGUUUGCUGGUUCAAUUUGUAGAACAUAGUCCCUGGAGCCGUCAAUCUCAAGGUAAGCUGCAGAAAUAUGAAGGUGGGAUGUGGAGAGAUAUCCCUGCUGAGGACAGGGAUAAAAUGACCAAACUGGAAGGGCAGGUGUGGAUUGCUUUGCUGAAUCUUCUGCUUAAACCAGCCUGCCAGAAGAAAUAUGACUUCAACAAUUACAACAAAAACCAGCUCUUAAAGCUGCGUGGAUUUUUGACAGAGGUUGUUAUCGAUCAGCUGCCAAAUCUUGCUGAUCUUCAGCGUUUCCUCAGUCACUUAGCUUUUACAGACCCUGCGGUUCCAAAAAGAGAUCUUAUCCUUGAGCAGGUACCAGAGAUCUGGAAUGAGAUUCAUGCAAAGAAUUCUGGGAAGUGGAAGGCCAUAGCUAAACACCAAGUGAAGAAUGUGUUCAAUCAAUCUGAGAAUGAGCUGAGAGCACAAGCAAAUAGGCUGGCAGAGACUUAUAAUCUUGAUGUUAUUGAGUGCCUCAUCCCAGAUAAACCAAAGUGUGGUGCUUGUGGAGAGCCCGGGGCCAAGCGUUGCUCCCGCUGCCAGGGAGAGUGGUACUGCAACAGAGAAUGCCAAGUAAAGCACUGGCCCAAGCACAAACUUUCAUGCCAAAUGAUGGCAGAAGCCACAGAAAAUCUACAAAAGGAGCUCAACAUCAAGGCCUGAGGGCCUCCACCAGCUUACCGAUAGGAAAGAGACAAAGAGUUUAUUUUCACUCUUACAGAGUUCAGGGGAAUAAAAUGACUAUAAAUGUCAAUGUCUGAAUAAUUGCUUGGGUUGCUAUUUUGUUGAUGGGAAUUGAGGAAGAGGAGGAGCUACAAUUUAUUGUAGUAACCUGAGACUCUGUGUGACUGUAUUAACUGCAGGAAUUUAUAUUGAGCUUUUUGAAUUUUUUAUUUAAAAAUUAAAAGGAAAUUGUGUGUAUAACA